AUGUAAGAAUUUGUUUACAUUCUUAAAACAGCUGUUUUACAAUUAUUUCUUGGAGUAGGACGUCUUUUACAAUGGGAAAACGUGAAGAGCAUAAGCGAACGAAAAAACCAAGACAUGUUGUCCACUCGCCGCACCCGACAAAUACUACCACAGGGGCGGCUUCUCCAGCUGCGACACCUACUCCAGUACCUAAAGAAGAUAGCGCUUAUGAUGCUGAAAUAAUCGAUAUAGUCGAUGUUGUUGAUCAUGAGCAAGAAGUUUCCAGCACUCCAACUCCUACCACACCAGUCCUUACUCCACCUAAAGGUAGCAAAAGUAACUCCAGCGGCGGAAAAAAAUCCACAUCAAAACAACCUUCUACGCCCGCCGCAAGUAGUAAUAGUUCACCAGCAGCGUCAGCAACACCAACCGCCAGCGGAAAUUCAGCUAAUAAUAAAAAGUCAAAGAAACGACGCGAUAGCAGCACAUCCAGCGAGGAAGAACGUUGGUUAACUGCUAUUGAAUCAGGAAAAUUGGAGGAAAUAGAUGACGAGCUAAAGAAAAUGAAAGAUCCCAAAUUGAUGACAGCGCGUCAACGAGCCAUGUAUGAGCGUAAUACGGAUAAAGAACCGUCGCCAGGUGGUGAAUUGUUAAUGUCACUACCAACUGGUUAUCGUGAGAAAGAAAAACCACAAACGGCAGAGGAUAUACAAAAAGCGCAGCUCAAAUCACAAAAGCGGAAACAACUUGCAGAUGAAAAACGCGAGAAGGACAAGAAGAAGACAAUGGAUCGUUUGCUGAAAAAACAGGAAAGCAAGCAGCGCAAUGCAACGCGUAACAAGUCGAGCAAAGUGUCACAGCCCGUGAUCACAUACCACAACACAUUGGACGGUGCCUACAUACAGCUGCCAACGGGUCAUGAAUUUCCGCUGGCAGCGCAAAAAGCGCGCUCGCCUCCCAAAGUGCAGAUUUGUGGCAUCACUGGUUGUGGCAAACCCAAAGUGUAUAAUUGCUCCAAAACAAAUUUGCCGCUAUGUAGCUUCGCUUGUUAUCGCAAGAAUGUGCAAAACAUUAGACAAAUAAUGUGCUAAUGCCGAUGCAAAUCAUGGUUUAAUUAAGAAACACUGUAUUUUAUAUUUAGCAAAUAACUUUGGUAUUAAU